AUGGAUCCAUUCAGUGCCAUCGGCCUCGCCGGUAACAUUGUCGGGUUCCUCGACUUUGGCUUCAAGCUUCUCGCCAAGGCCAGAGAAAUCCAAGCUUCAAGUAGUGGCGCGGCCGCUGCGAAUGAAAGCCUAGUUUCCCUCACACAGCGCUUUCAGCAGGUGACUGCGAGCCUGCGAGCGCAGAAGGUCACAGGUGCUGCGGCCGGAGAGGAGCUUGCCAUCCAGGAACUGGCGGCUGAAUGCGAUGGUGUGGCCAUCGAGCUCCUAGAGCUGGUCCACGGUCUGCGAGCUCGAACUCCAAGGUCUAAACGCGAGAGCCUGCGCGCCGCCUUUCGGGAGUGGCGCAAAGGGGAUCAGAAAGAUGAGUUAGCGCUCAGGUUGGACAGUUGCCGGUCGCACCUACACUUGCAACUAACCAGCCUGAUGAGUCCAGGGACUGCGCGGUCCAGGGGCUCGUCUCAAGAUGAUGGAUGGAUCGGGUCUCCUCAGGCACACUCGGCCACACUGAGCAUUGGGCAUGAUUGUGGCAGCACCGGAAAGAAUGUGUCGAUGGACGAUACAGGCGACUCAGUCAGCCAUGAAGAUGACGAGUGCUCAUCGAUCGCGAGCUAUAUCGACUUUGAGCACGUGACUUCCGCCGAUCAGAUGUCCACCUUUUCGGCGAGCCAAAUAUCUCAGUCACCCAGUCCAUCACCACCUAUUCCGGCACGUCAGCCAGGGCCGUUCUCGCCUUCUCGCUCCAAGGACGUCCCCGAUGAGUUAUGGCGAGUGAUGAAAAAGGCUCGUGAUGACUUCAUCGCCUGGCUGGAACACGACCACGGAAUCUUUCACAUCUCCGGGAAACCGGGAUCGGGCAAAUCCACGCUCAUGAAAUACCUCUACAAACACAACAGGACCAUGAAUCAUCUAAGGACUUGGGCAGGCGACGAGAAUCUCUCAAUUGGGGAUUCUUUUUCUGGCGACCCGGCUCGACACUCCAGAAGAGCAUCAGGGGGCUGGUUCGUGGCUUGUUGCACGCCGUGUUAG